UUCAGUAUAUUUAGUGCAGUCGUGUCGUUCGGUCGUUUUAACGGGACACCCGCAUUGCUUUGGCCUAAUGAAAAGACAAUUCAGGCACACACUGUCAAACAAACAGCCAGCUCUUAUACACUGAUACGCGCAGUGCUCUAUAUGUGUGUGUGCGUGUGUCUGUGUGCUUUAGGUGCGGCAACUAGGUGAAAGUAAAAGUUGUUUCAUGUGCAACGGUAAAUAAAUAAUUAUGCUAUCAUACCAGUCAACACAUAACAUCAAUUUAGUCAAUAAAGUUUAACAUUUGGAAUAGACAAUUGAGUUACAACAUCAACAUCAUCAAGAGCAUCUAAUAUUCACGCACUACUACUCAAAUUACUUAAGCCGUCGCAGAACGGACGCACGAAGGACGAAGGACAAUCGCAAUCAGUACGCUUGCCGGCCGGCAACGGCCGCUAAUGAAGAUGAAGUGAUAGUCAGUGAUAUCGUGUUAAAGUGGAAUUAAAUAGAAUAUAAAUCGCUGGAAAAAUGACAGCGAUUUCUCAGCACCAGCCGAGCAGAACAAAUGCAAAGUAGUUUGCCAACAUAGGACUUGGGCAGGCUACAAAUAGCAGUAGCAGUAACAGCAACACCAACAGCAACAACAACAACAACAACAACAGCUUGAACGGAAGAGGAAGAGGAGGCGGCGGCGGCGGCGGAGGAGGAGGAGGAGGAGGAGGAGCAGAAGAAACGCCCUAAGCAAGCCGGGCAAUUUGUAAGCCGGCUCGGCAAUUUCACGCAUCGCGGCAGCAUGGCAGGCGCUAAUAAGGCGGCCAGCCACGCCCAAUUGUUAUACAGUUGCCAAAAAAAUGCCCAUUCUCAGCUAGAUUCGGAAGCGCCUACCAACUGAGCGAGAGAGUGACUGACUAGCCCCAAAGUAGCCCCCCUUUUCACACACAUACAUAUACAUAUACACACACACAUACACGUACAAAGGCGAGUGAAAUAUUAUGGCAACUUUUCAAAUGGAAAAACGCCAGCAGCAACAGCAGCAGCAGCAGCAGCAGCAGCAGCAGCAGAAACAAACGAAUUUAAAACAACGACAAAGACAGCAGCAUACAGAUCCUGCUGCAGAUGUGAGUCCGGAGGCACAGGACGAGCAGCUCCGGCAUGGGACAUUCGCAAAUUGCAACCGGCUCUGGCCGACUACCUGCUCCACGGCAGCCAGCGUCGCAUCUGUGGACUGCAGCAGCUGCCAGCGGGCGCUGAUUAUGUUCAGCAUGCUAGUGGUUGUCAUCGUUGUGAUAUCCGGCAAUGGAGUGCUGGCGGCGCAGCGUGACUCGUACAAGUCGAAGGAUGUGGGCAGCAGCAAUAAUGCCAUACCGAGCGAUGGCGACGCUCCAGCUGCCGUUGCUGGCAAUGGCAAUGGCAAUGGCAAUGGCAAUGGUGUUGGCGGAAGCGGAAGCCUGGCCAGCGCGACCAGCAGCGGCGGAAGUAACAAAAAUGCGCCGGGCCCUGGCCAAUCAACGACUACCGACAGCGGCUCCAAAUACAGCUCCAACGCCAACGCCAACUCCAACUCCAAUUCCAAGUCUAACUCGAAUGCCAACACCAACUCCAAUGUAACGACAACAACAACAGCAAUCAGUGGCAUUGCCAGCAGUAGUUUUCAUCGGGGCAACUCGAUUGCAUCGCUGGCUGCCGCGGCCAGCAUCAACCGGAACAGCAUCGAUCUGGGCGAGGAUUCGCGCAGCAAUGGGCCCUACUUCGACAAGGCUGCCUCCAAGAAUGUCACCGCGCUGCUGGGCAAGACGGCCUACUUGAAUUGUCGCGUCAAGAAUCUGGGCAAUAAAACGAUGCUUUUGCAAGUGUCGUGGGUGCGACAUCGGGACAUACAUUUGCUCACAGUCGGACGCUACACGUAUACAUCGGAUCAGCGCUUUCGAGCCAUACACCAGCCGCAGACCGAGGACUGGAUGCUACAAAUCAAGUAUCCCCAGCAUCGCGAUUCCGGCAUCUAUGAGUGCCAAGUCUCGACAACUCCGCACAUGAGCCACUACAUCCACCUGACAGUUGUUGAGCCCUCGACGGAAAUUAUUGGCGCACCCGAUUUGUAUAUAGAGAGCGGCUCGACUAUAAAUCUCACCUGUGUCAUACUCAACUCACCUGAGCCGCCGGCCUAUAUCUUUUGGAAUCACAACAACGCUAUAAUCAACUAUGACUCGCCCCGAGGCGGCGUCUCAGUCGUAACCAACAAAGGUGAGACGACGACAUCGUUUCUACUGAUUAAAUCAGCGCGUCCAUCGGACUCCGGGCAUUAUCAAUGUAAUCCAUCAAAUGCAAAGCCCAAAAGCGUAACGGUACAUGUGCUGAAUGGUGUUUCUCAUUCUGUUUCCAGGGGAGUUCCCAGCAGCAAUGCAGCACGCGGCACCAGCGCAUCCUCCCAUGUCACCAAGUCGCUAUCUCUUAGUGUACCUGUUUGUGUGCUGCUGCAGUUUGGCAUUUGCCGGGCGCUCUAUGCGGCCCUCAGUGGUGCCGCAGCGGCAGCGGCAGCGGCGACGACGCUGCAGCGACGAUGUACCACCAGGGGGGGCACAGGCAGAGGCGCCGACUGGGGACAGAGGCGUGGCAGUUGGAGUGCUGCAGUCAAAGCGACUUUGUCGGUAUGUGGAAUUGGAAACAUACUCGAAUGUCUUUUAAGACUGCUGUCCACGCUGCUGAGCAUCACAUGGCGUUGGCACUGGCGGGGGCGUGGCCCACACCACCGCCAGCAACAACAAUCAGCGAGCGCAGCAGCCACUGUAGCUGGAACAGCAACGUUUAGGCAGAUAUAUGAGGCGGACAUAAGGUGAGCAGCACCUCAAAAUUAAAAAAAAAAAAAAAAAAUUAAAAUAAAAAAAAUAAAAAAUAAAAUAAAUAAAAAAAAAAAAAAACAUUUCUAGACUCUAGACUAAUAUAAAAUAAACACACACACACACAGACACAUCUUACAUUUUAGCUUAACUAUCUAAAGUACACACCCAUACAAACACGACUACAUACAUAAGCAGCAACUAUAUGAUAGUAACUAAUGUGUAAAAUCUAUUGGCUAUUCUGUUUUUCUAUGAAUCCGUGACGUAUACGUAAUAAUUAGACACACACACACACACACACACACACAAGAAGAGAAGAAGAAAAAUUAAUCAGAAAUUUAAAGCGAAUUACAGAGCCAAGUUGUCGCCUUUUCAAGUACAACUUUGUAUAAUAUGUUAAAUCGGUUCUGUUAUUUGGAUUUUGAGUUUCGUAUUGGCAAGUUUAAAUUUGAGUUCGAGUUAUCCUUCAAGGAGUCUCCCCGAAAAAGUAAAUAACUACAUUAAACUUUUUGAUACAAAAACGAAACGUGAAAAUAUGUAAAUCAAUUUGCUAAAACUUUCCGUAGAGACUUUUUUCUCGUAAAGAACACUGCUCAAAGCUGCAAAACAUUUUCAGAAAAACAAUGAAACUUAAGCUAAAUGUUGAGAUAAGUAUUUAGCGCUUUUCCAAAUGCCACACUCUGAGACUAUUCCCAGGACAACAAUUCGAAUGGGCAUCAGCUUAGAUGUCGGACAAAACGAAACUUAAAAGACAACAAAUUUCUAAAUAUUAAACUUCAACUGCGCAGCAAAUUUCAAGUACUGACUAAAGCAUAUAAAAAACAACUUAUAUAUAUAUAUAAAAUAAAAAACAUACAUGCGCAUAAAUUAAUAUAAUAUAAAGUAUAAAAAACACUGUAAAAAUGACUUCACUACGAAUGCAGCAAAAGUAAAAUUUAAGCUAAACAUUUCUCUAGCUCUUAGAGGCAGACGCGUAAAACCAAAGUUUUUCCGAGCAUCAAAAAAACAUCAAUUCACAGAUAUUAAAUAUUAAUAUAUAAUAUAUAUGUAUUAUUUUCGAUUUAUGAAAUUUAUUUUGUGUGUACAAAUUGCAUAAAUGAAUUAAAGUUAAGCUUGAUUAUUGUGCGAUUGGGUUGCGAGACGACGCUGAAGGACUGAGGGUAGAUUAUAUUUGAACGAAAUCAUGUUGCACAUAGCAAAAAUUUAUAUGUUGUUAAUUGAAGAGAAUAAAAAUAUUUAUAUAUAUAUAUAUAAAAUUAAUAUGUCAAAAAUUAUGCAUAAAUUAAGAAAUGAUAAUGAAAAUUGAGAAAACUUAUUAAAUCAAUGUGCAAAAGUAUGCAAAAGUAUGCAAAAGCAAGUUUCAGUUUCAUUUCAGGUUUUAAAGUUUAAAAACAAAGUGGUUUACCGAACAAACAUUUCAAAAGACUUUCAGCAGAUUUCUGUACAUUUCCUUAAAGAGUAUAAAUGCAUAUAGUAUAUAUAUUUUGAAUACAAUCAACUUUAAAUCAGGGCAUUGAAUUAAUUUAAGAUACGCUGUGGAUUUAUUUAUUUGUCCUUAAUUUUACCUCGUAAAACCUUUUUUUUUAUCUGAGAUAGACUCCGAUAAAGAGUUCCUUCAGGGUGACGUAAAUAAAAGAGAUCGGAUUUUAGUAGAGUUCAUUUUUGCUAUUUCAGCUGUAAUGACUAAUUUGGUUAAAGUAAUUUAAGGUGAAUUUAUUUCGCAUUUCUGUAAAAUUUUCAAUUCGACUCAUGCUCAAUUCAAAUGUAAUUUGAAUCAAACUAUUUUUAUGUUGAUUACAAUUAUUAUUUUUAUUAUGAUGCUUGAGAGUAAAAAAUGUAUGCCCCAUUUAAUAUAUUGUCAAAACUGUCAAUUCAAUUUAAGCUUUACUUAUUUAAAAUGUAAAAAAAAAAACUUUGUAUGCCCUGUUCUUUCCUCUCCGUUAUUUUUUCCCAGCUAUCCAUAAUUACAUACUUUAUUAGUUUUGCAAGCCACCUUUGUCAUAGUAAGUACAUAGUUAAAUAACCAUACAAAUGUUUGCAACAGUAUUUCCAAUUACGAAAAAAAAGAAGAGCAAAAUACACGGAAAAACUGGGAAAACCAAUUUAAUUCAGUGUUUAUAUAAACGUAUAUGCAAUAAAACAAAAAUAAUGAAAAUAAUAAGCAUUGAAAAAGUUUAUAAUGCUAUCGAUAGAAAUAAAUACGAGAAAAAGAACGAAAUAAAAAAUGAACAAAUUCACAAAAAACGAAAAACUAAAUAAAAAAAAAAAAAAAAACAAGUUUCAUUAAGUAUGCUUCACGGCAACAACUAUUGAACCCCAACUGCAAAAGCUGCUCACAACUUUUUCAUUAGCAUUUCAACAACUACAAAUACAACUAAAACUACAACAA